GAACCAGAAAGGUUGGUAUCGCGAAUACAGUGGGCGAAGACAAUACCAGAUUGCACCACAGACACACGAGCGUCAGAAAGUACUUUCAACGCGCUUUUCUGGCCGUUCGAAUUCGCAGUCUCACGUUUGAAAAUUACGAGUUUUAGUUUAUAUUCGCUUCUUAUUUCUUUUUCUUUUUUUUUAAUUUUUUUUCUCUCACCAAAUUUUGAGUAUCCUAUAUAAGGUAGAACCUUUGGGCGUACCCUUUCAUUCCUUUCGUUCCGUUCUGAAAUUUCAUUCCCCUGACCUUUCGUACCCUUUCAUCCCUCUUUCUCUCUCACGCGACAAUGUCGGAAGCUAAGAGUCAAGUCGAAUCCUUGAGGAAAUGGGUCGUCGAGCACAAGCUUCGAGCUGUUGGGUGUCUGUGGCUCAGCGGUAUCACGGGGUCAAUUGCGUACAACUGGUCUCGACCCAACAUGAAACCCAGUGUGAAGAUCAUUCACGCAAGGUUGCACGCACAGGCACUUACACUGGGAGCAUUAGUCGGUGCUGCGCUGGUAGAAUAUUAUGAUGUUAAGAAAGGAACAAAGACUUUCUAAAGAACUUGGGGAGAUAUUAACGCAACCAGAGUAACCUCAGACUCCUAGUACUAGUACUACUCAUAUCUUAAUCAUUAUUGCAAAAUUUGCAAUUGGACUUAUACUUCAUUCUUUCUCAAAAUAACAUACUACUUUAAAUUGAAAUGUUAAACAUGCUUGCGGCAGAGUGAAUGUAUUUUCUUCCUUGUAGAAUGGAUUGCUUAUAGUGCUAGUAUCUUCACACAUUUGCUAGCAAUUUUUGUCAGUUCACAGUAAUCCUAUAUUUAUAGGAUUAGAGCACUUGGCUGCAGAAAGAAAGAUGGAACAUAUUAGUGUUGUAAACUUCGACAUUCGGCAAUAUUAUUUUUAGUAUUAUUAUUAUUAAGCUAUGAUAUUAUUUUUUAUUUUAUUUUAUCAUUAUUACCUUAUUAACACUGGUUCAACUACUUAUUCAAGAUUAGAUAGAGACAUGGGAUAAAUUUGCCCGUAUUGUUUGAAUUUUUCCUUUAAUGUGGAAUAUCCCAAUGGAUUAGAUA